CAUCAACGGCAGCAGGAUGGCAUUCAGUCCCUGGCAGAUGCUGUCACCCGUCCAAUGGGCAAAAUGGACCUGGUCAGCGGUGAGAGGGAAUGGAGAAGAGGGCACCGAGGAUGAGGAUGACCAUUUUCAGGAGUCGGGCUCCGACUCCGAGGGCAACUUUGACACGCCUGAAGCAGAUACUCCACUCUCCUCUCCAGUGAAGGAACCAACGCGAGAAACAGAUACAGAUGUCACAGAACUCUUAUCCGACUUGACCAUAAAUGAUAAUAACAACUUACUAACUGAUGGCAACUUGGAAACAAACUUUGGUAGGAAGGCAACCAGCGACUUGACUAUAGACAGGAGUCUAGCUGAGCCUGAGGUUUCCACUGGUGGUUCCUUUACCCGGAUUUCAGUCGGGGAGGUUAAAGAUUCCUCUGUUGAAAAAACUGUGGUCCAGCUAACUGAAGAACCACUUGUAGAUAAUGUAUUUUCAGAACAAGAUGACCAAGGCAAUGACAUGGGACCUCAGCAGAACCUAACAGAUGGAGAAAGCUCAAGGGAUGGGAAUAAAGAUUUCCUCAACAACAAUGGCCUUCAGACAGACAAUGGGACCUCAGUGGAUACCUGUGAAGGAGAUCUUAACAAUCAGAACUCACUAAUGGAAACAAAUGCCAAUAUCAAGAAAGCGUCCCCGAAGAGAAUCCGGAAACCUACGAGCAAGCUUCCAUCCAGGAUACAAAAAGAAAGUUCCAACAGGACAAAAAAAGCUGGGCAGCAGGAGAAUAACCUGGAGACAAAUGCAGAUUCGGACGACCUUCCCCUCCCAAGAUCAUCCUAUAACUUCGAUCCAAGCCAGUGGGAGGAUCCCAACGUCAACCCAUUUGGGGGAAAGUCAGCCUUGUCGUCAUCUCCUACUGUUACAAAAGCACCUUGUGGAUUCAACAAAGAUCUCAGCGAUGGCCCUCUGGAUCAUUCUAAGCUAUGCAAGACCCUCUCCAGUUCAGACACUGAUCUUGCCCAGGAAACUACACCAAGGAGAAGUCCAAGAUCGUCACCAAAGUUGGGCAGAUCCCGUCUAAUAACGACAUCUGAGCAAGUGAAAUUUCUCUGUUUCCUCUUGAACAGCUGCAAAGUGCAGAAUUAUGAAGGAUCCUCUCUGGUUCUGGAUGUCUGCAACCAGCAAGAAGACGAUUCCCCAAGCAUUGAGAAGCGACAGGGCCACGCUACAGAUGAGGAGAAACUAGCAUCGGCUCCAGUUACCAAGCAGACUGAUGUGGGGGUCAAAGGUCAGCAGGAGGAAGAACAGGAGUUUUUUGAGUGUCCCAAUGAGUCCACAGCAGGCCCUGGAAAGCCGUCAUCUGCGGCAGACAAUAACCCUGCCUCUCACCUCCUCCUGACCUUCUGCACCCGCAGCCCACGCACCUCCAUGAUGCUUCAGAGUGGCUCACCUGACGUCAUGGACGUUCAGGUGCCAGCUCGCCCUCCUCCCAGUACCAGCUUAGGUCUGCCUGCAGCAAUGACUCUUGUGUCUCUGCAGAGAAGCAGCUCGGUCAGCUUAGAGAGUCAGAACCCUGUGGAUGCCAUCUAUCUGAGAGAUCGGGCAGUCGUACUCGCUCUUAUUAGAGAGGAGAUCAUAAUGAAGGAGCUUGAAGUGAAGGACUGGCAGGUACGCUAUGAGCAGAGUCACACAGAGGUGCUGGAAAUGAGAAAGAUCGUUGCAGAGUACGAGAAAACCAUCGCACAGAUGAUCGAGGAUGAGCAGAGGAGCAAUGUGAGCGCUCAGAAGAGCCUACAACAGGUGACACAAGAGAAGGAGCAAGCCCUGGCCGAUCUGAACUCUGUGGAGAGAUCCUUGUCUGACCUCUUCAGAAGAUACGAGAACCUAAAAGGUGUCCUAGAAGGCUUCAAGAAGAAUGAAGAGGCCCUGAAGAAAUGCGCACAGGAUUACUUAGCCCGGGUGAAGCAGGAGGAGCUGAGGUACCAGGCCCUGAAAAUGCACGCAGAAGAAAAGCUGAACAAAGCCAGUGAGGAGAUUGCCCAGGUGCGGACCAAGGCCAGAGCGGAGAGUGCAGCUCUGACGGCGGGUCUGAGGAAGGAGCAGAUGAAAGUGGAGUCCCUGGAAAGAGCUCUGCAGCAGAAGAACCAGGAAAUAGAAGAGCUGACCAAGAUCUGUGAUGAGCUGAUCGCCAAGAUGGGGAAGAAUGACUGAGCAAAGUCUUUUCUGACGUCUCCAGUAUGACCUUCCCCGCACCCUCUCUACCUGUCAGCCAAUCAGCAUGUGUCAUGGAAGUUUAAAAACACCCCUACAGUAACUUUACACUAAGCAAAGUGU